CUACACGAUGAGGCUCUGCCAAUUGCUCCACUCUGGGGUUUCCUCUGCAACUUUCUCUCGCCUCUUUUCUACAGCAAAGGCCAGGCCAAAGCCCAAUCAUGGGAGCUGCCCUCUCUCUACAAUAAGUCCAUUUCCAAGCCAAAGCCGAAGAAAUACAAGCUUCCCCCUUUCUACGAUCCCUUUGGGCCUAGACCUCCUCCCUCUGAUAAAGUUAUCAGUUUAGCUGAUCGAAUCGCCAAUCUCUCUCCUGACAAGCUCAGGCAAGUUGGCCCUUCUCUUAGGGAGAAGCUUAGGGCACCUAAAAUUCAAGAACUUGCUUCUGAUGCCAUGGUCCCUUCUGGUUCUGCUUCAGCUGCAAAGGUGGAGGAGAAGAAGGUUGAGAAGACUGCAUUUGAUGUUAAGCUUGAAAAUUUUGAUGUGGUGAUCAAGGAGGUUAGGGCUUUUACUAAUUUAGGGUUGAAGGAGGCCAAGGAACUAGUUGAGAAGGCUCCUGUUCUUCUGAAACAAAGGUGUACGAAGGAGGAGGCAAAUGAUAUGAUAGAGAAGAUUAAGGCUGUGGGAGGGAUGGCUGUGAUGGGGUUUUUCUUUUCCCCUGUUUUCCUUUCCGACUGCUGAUAUGGAUUCAGUGCAUUGGAAAGAAGCUGGAAUCGUUAUCGGUUUAGGAGUUACUGGGGAUGUUGUAGGAGUUGCCAUUGGAUUCUUUGGCAUUGGUCUGAAUGCUCUAUGAAUAUUGGAGGAGUCCAAUAGAGUUUCUGUUAAAUUACAAAUUUGGAUAUGAGGGAACUGAGAGUGUAUAGUUUCAUUUAGCAUGAGCUCAGCCUGAGUUCAAGCUUGUAGUAAGCACUGAAGAGGCACUUGUUUGCUGUGGGCCUAAAUGGUAUACCUUUUAGUUCUUAGAAAUAGCCUUACUCAGACCUGGGAUGUACGCACAGAACAUCGACAAAAGUUCCACAUCCUUCAUCUGUGAGACUACUCAAUGAAAGAAGUAUCAUGAACUCAAUGGGUCAGCAGGACUUUUCUAAAGACAAGGGAACAUGUUGUGGAGCAGAAGAUUGUCCAGCGAAGGAAUUGGAAUGUUCAAAAACAGCUGUAUGAACAAGGAGUCUUGGUGAGUCAUUUCAUGUUGAAUGGGCUCUAUAGCCUUGGUUAAUGUGAUCAGGUCACCCGAGAAGAAUACCUAGCAUUUUUCUAAUGCUAUCACAAAAUCUUAUGUGGCUAUGAAAUGGUUCCAAAGUGAUUAUUUUUU